AUGUUAAGACUACUGUUUGUGUUAGUCUUCGUUACUUUCGUAUUUUUUAUAACACCAUCAGAAGGGUCUACAGAGUCUUCUUCAUAUAGCACGGCAUGGGCUACCACUACCGCCGAGACCGGAUUUCAUCAUUCAUUUUCGACUACACCAAAACAUGUGUGUGGAUCACAUGAAAUCUAUUCAACUUGCAUCAAUAGCAAUUGUGAACCAAGGACAUGUGCCGAACUAGAUAGUCCUAUAGCAUUUUGUCCAAAACUCGAUGAGGCACACUGUAUUAAGGGUUGUACCUGCGUACCUGGCUAUGUUCGAGAUGAAAAUAACGUCUGCAUACCCAAAAACAAUUGUUAUCCUAUUUGUGGUAAAAACGAAAUAUACUCAACCUGCAGUAAUAUUGGAUGUGGCCCUAAAACUUGCGAUCAACAAGGAUAUAAAAUAGGUUGCGUAAAAAUGGACCGCAAAUAUUGUAGAGGAGGUUGUAUUUGCAAGGACGGGUAUUUAAAAGAUCAGAAUGGAGAAUGUAUACCAAAAUCGAUGUGUCCUGAGUGCGGAGGAGAUCCAAAUGCAAUAAGUUGUGACAAUGAGGAUACUUGUAAAUGCAGAGAUGGAUUUAUAUAUGACGAAACCAUUGGAAAAUGUGUAGUUCCUGAAGAAUGCCAACCACAUUGCCCCGUCGGCGAAAUAUAUGAAGAAUGCCCAGAUAAUUCAUGCACACCGCAAACAUGUUCACAACUUGGAUUUGCCAUGCAAUGUCCUGUGUCUUUAGGAGCUUCUGGCUCUAAAUGUCUUGGUAAACCCAGGUGCAUCUGUGCCAAUGGUAAUGUAAGAGAUCACAAUGGGAAGUGUAUCCCUCCACAUCAGUGCCCAUCAUGUGGCGGAGAUCCCAAUGCUACACCAGGUUGUGGAGUGAACUGUGGCAAAAAAUGCUCAGAUUAUAAAAAAAAGAACCCCAUGUGUCUUUUGAUUUGCUAUGUUAAUAGUUGCGAUUGCAAGAAGGGAUACGUAUACGACGACAAUUUGAAUAAAUGUGUGCUGCCUUCUCAAUGCACACCAUCUUGUGGCGUUAAUGAAGUCUAUGAUACAUGUGCCAACGGUAAGUGUCGGAAAUGGAAAUGCUCACAGCCGCCACUUUGCAAAGACCCUGAAAAGUGUGAAGGAGGAUGCGUUUGUCGAGAUAAAUAUACUAGAGCAGAUAACGGCACUUGCAUCCCGGAGAAUCAAUGUAAACCACAAUGUCCCGCUGGCGAAAUAUAUGAAAAAUGCCCAGAUAGUUCAUGUAAACCGCUAACAUGUUCACAACUUGGAUUCCCCAUGCAAUGUCCCGCGUCUUUAGAAGCUUCCGGCUCUAAAUGUCUUGGCAAACCCAGGUGCAUCUGUGCCAAUGGUAAUGUAAGAGAUGACAAUGGAAAGUGUAUACCUAAACAACAGUGCCCACCCACAUGUGGUUUGAACGAAGUGUUUGAUACAUGCGCUAACCGAGGCUGUCGUAGAUGGAACUGUUCACAAUCAAAAGUCUGUAAAUAUCCUAAAAGAUGCCAAGCAGGAUGUUCUUGUCGAGAUGGAUACUCCCGAAAUGAAAAUGGAGUUUGCAUUCCGGAGAAGCAAUGUCCAGGACUUUGCAGUAAACCUCACGAAUACUACGAUGAUUGUCCACAAACUUGCUUACCACAAACUUGCGAAAACAUUGGAAAAGUACAUAGUUGUCCGGCGAAACUUAAAACUUCAAAAUGUAAAGGAAAGUGUAUGUGUGAGAAAGGGUAUUACAGAAAUUUAAUUGGUGAAUGCAUAAGCGAAGAAGAUUGUAAAAAGUGUCGUGGCCCCCACGAAUAUUUUUCAUGUGGCGGAUUUUGUGACAACGUUUGCGCCACAUUACAUAAAUAUAAUCAAACUACCUGUCCUUUUAUCAAUAUAACAUGUAACCGCAAGUGUUACUGUGAAAGGGGAUACGCCAGAAAUAAGAACAAUAUUUGCAUACCUAUACAAAAAUGUCCAGAACAGCAAUGUGGACCUAACGAAAGAUAUGAAGAGUGUCCAGGUGCACUUUGCUCUCCUCAAAAGUGCUCACAGAUCGGUUUCCCAAUUUAUUGUAAGACGUCUACGUCGGUAGCAACCCCCCAUUCGGCUUGUCCCGGAAAGCCCGGUUGUGUUUGUGAUAAUGGUUAUGUAAGAGAUAAAAAUGGAGAAUGUAUACCACCGGAAAAAUGUCCGUCCUGUGGGGGCGAUCCAAAUGCAGUAAUCGGUUGCGGGAAUCACUGCGGCAGAAGAUGCUCCGACCACAAGCACAAUAAUAGAGUGUGUCCUUUAUAUUGUAUGUUCAAUAGUUGCAUGUGCAGAGACGGUUUUGUGUACGAUGAUAACUUGAAGAAAUGUGUCCGACCUAAAGACUGUACACCAACCUGCGGUAUUAAUGAAGUUUACGAUACAUGCGCUAAUAGUGGUUGCCGUAGAUGGAAUUGCUCCAAGUCCAUACUUUGUAUAGACCCUAUGAAAUGUAAAGCGGGGUGUUCUUGUAAGAAAGGAUUCUCCCGUGACAGGAAUGGUACUUGUAUUCCAGAGGAUAAAUGUCCAGAACCGAAAUGUGGACCUAACGAAAGAUAUGAACAGUGCCCAGAUGUACUUUGCUUCCCGCAAAAGUGCUCACAGCUCGGCUUCCCGAUAGAUUGUAAGACGUCUACGUCGCUAGCAGCCCCCAAUUCAUCUUGUCCUGGAAAGCCCGGUUGUGUUUGUGAUAAUGGUUACGUAAGAGACAGAACUGGAAAAUGUAUACCACCGGAAAAAUGUCCGUCAUGUGGUGGCGAUCCAAAUGCAGUAACCGGUUGCGGGAAUCACUGCGGCAGACGAUGCUCCGACCACAAGGACAAUAAUAGAGUGUGUCCUUUAUACUGUAUGCUCAAUGGUUGCAAGUGCAGAGACGGUUUUGUGUACGAUGAUAACUUGGGGAAAUGUGUCCGACCUAAAGACUGUACACCAACCUGCGGUAUUAAUGAAGUUUACGAUACAUGCGCUAAUAGUGGUUGCCGUAGAUGGAAUUGCUCCGAGUCCAUACUUUGUAUAGACCAUAUGAAAUGUAAAGCGGGGUGUUCUUGUAAAAAAGGCUUCUCCCGUGACAGGAAUGGAACUUGUAUUCCAGAGGAUAAAUGUCCAGAACCGAAAUGUGGACCCAACGAAAGAUAUGAACAGUGCCCAAAUACACUUUGCUUUCCUCAAAAGUGCUCACAGAUCGGCUUUCCGAUAGAUUGUGAGACGUCUACGUCGCUAGCAGCCCUCAAUUCUUCUUGUCCCGGCAAGCCCGGUUGUGUUUGUGAUAAGGAUUACGUAAGAGACAAAAAUGGGAAAUGCAUACCACCGGAAGAAUGUCCCUCGUGCGGGGGAGAUCCAAAUGCGGUAAAGGGCUGUGGUGUUAACUGUGGGAGGCUUUGUUCUAACUAUGACAAGGGACCAGUUCCUUGCAUAAAGAUUUGUAAAGUUAAUAGCUGCGAUUGCAAACACGGUUUUGUAUUAGACGAAAACACUAGAAAGUGCGUGAACCCUCAGGAUUGUACACCUACAUGCGGUAAAAAUGAAGUAUACUCGGAAUGUAUCAAUGGCGGAUGUGAACCCAAAAAUUGUUCUCAACUUGGUAAACAGGUGCCUUGUGUAAAAAUGAAGCCCGAAAAAUGUGUAAAAGGAUGCCUGUGUAAAGAAAAAUAUUUACGAGCUAGUAAUGGUACUUGUAUUCCAGAGGACCAAUGCAUAAAAAGAUGUACCAAACCUCAUGAAUACUACGAAAGAUGUGUUCGAUCUUGUUCACCACAAACUUGCGAUAGCAUUGGACGUAGAUAUUACUGUCCGCGCCAGCGUAAACCAUGCAGAGGUGCCUGUCGUUGUGAGAAAGGGUAUUAUAGAAAUAAAAUUGGUGAAUGUAUUUCCGCAAAAGAUUGCAAAAAAUGCACUGGACCUCACGAGUACUUUUCAUGCGGUAAAGAAUGUGACAACGUUUGUGCUACAUUGCACAAACAAAACCAAACUCAUUGCCCUUUUAUCAACAAAACUUGCAAACGUAAGUGCUACUGUGAAAAGGGUUACGCCAGAAAUGACAAGAACAUUUGUGUCCCUAUAGAACAAUGCCAAGAACCUGUUUGUGGUGAAAACGAAAAGUAUGAAGACAAUCCGUCACUUCUAUGCGGGCCGUUUAAGUGUUCAGACUUAGGCCGUCCACUUAACGACACAUCCGUUAAAAACCACAAUCACAACUAUAAGCCUGCGUGCAUCUGCAAAGAAGGUUACUUGAGGGAUGAUCAUGGGCUUUGUGUGCCUAAGUCUCAAUGCCCACCUGUUUGUGGUAAAAACGAAAAGUAUGAAGACAAUCCGUCAAUUCUAUACGGACCGCUCAAGUGUUCAGACUUAGGCCGUCCAGUCGACGACACAUCCGUUAAAAAGCACAAUCACAACUAUAAGCCCGCGUGCAUCUGCAAAGAAGGUUACUUGAGAGAUGAUCAUGGGCUUUGUGUGCCUAAGUCUCAAUGCCCGCCCUGUGAUUGA